GUAUUUCGGGUGUACAGUCAUAAGUCGGACUCGGAGGAGCCAGGAAGUAACUGUGAGCCAUGCCGCGCCACGGAUAAAGUAAAAGCGAGCGCGCGCCUUGUCGUCAGCAGCCCGUGAUCUCACACACGCACACACACACACACACACGCACGGGGAGGGAGAAUACUAGCCGACUACGAAAUCGUGCCAAAUGUAUCGUAGUGACGGACACUGAGACCCCACAGGAGCUCGGGAACGCUAGAAAUUCCUGUCGCAAAAUAACGCAAAUAUUAAAGCGGGGCAUCGACGCAUACCCUUCAUCCUGCGAAGAAGCAAAAAGACGGAAGGAAACUCGAGCGGGAUUUUCGCGGGGAGUUUCGAAGCGACUGUUUCUCUUGCACUGUAAAAGACACAAAAUCGGCAAAAUAGAGCACAUAACGUUCAAGAUGCCUCGGGUGGUCCCGGAUCAGAGGAGCAAGUUCGAGAACGAGGAGUUCUUCAGGAAGCUGAGCCGCGAGUGCGAGAUUAAAUACACCGGUUUCCGAGACCGACCCCAUGAGGAGAGACAAGCCCGCUUUCAGAACGCCUGCCGGGACGGCCGCUCAGAAAUAGCUUUUGUGGCGACCGGCACCAAUCUCUCGCUGCAGUUCUUCCCCGCCAACCUGCAUGGCGAGCAAAGACAGAUGCCCAGCCGAGAGUAUGUGGACUUCGAGAGAGAGACAGGAAAGGUGUACCUGAAGGCCCCUAUGAUCUUAAAUGGAGUGUGUGUGAUAUGGAGAGGCUGGAUUGACCUGCAGCGUCUGGAUGGGAUGGGCUGUUUGGAAUAUGAUGAUGAACGAGCACAGCAUGAGGAUGCUCUUGCUCAGGCUGCCUUUGAGGAGGCUCGCAGGAGGACUCGUGAUUUUGAGGACAGGGAUCGUUCACACCGCGAGGACCUAGAGCCCAGGCGACAGCAGGACCCCAGCCCUGGCUCCAACAUGGGCAACGCUGACGAUCACAAGAUGCGCUAACGGCAAUCAACAAUCCAGUGGGCAGGGAAAGGGUGACACCAUCUCUAUCACCAUAACAAUCUCACAACUCCAUUGCCCCGAAUCAUUACACAAGAGACCAAAGUCCACAUGUGGGGGGGUGGGGGAGGGUUUCAUCGCACUCCCUUGCUAAAACAUUUUGACAAGAUGUAUGUCGGGCUGGUAUUAACCUGGUUCUGGGGGAUACGUCGUAUUUAAUUAUUUUUCCCCUCCCCACCCUACCCCCCACCCCGUUCCUUCUUGGGGUUUUGCACUAUAUGAUACUUUCAAAUAACUUCCCACGUUGCCUUCCAGUAAGUGUUCCUACCUACAUUUUCUUUCAUCCCCCUAUGCAAGCUAUCUUAUUUUUAUUUUUGGCACUAUUGUAAUGAAACGGCAUUCUUAUUGUUUUUAUUCAUAUUUGUUUGUGUGAAAGUCAAAAUGUUUACUUUUUGGAUUUUUUUUUUAAUUUUCUAUAUAUAUAAAAUUUGUGUGUCCUUGCGCUUUUGUAGGAGAAACCAUUAAAUCUUGCUUGUUCAAUUUGUGCUAUAAGGUAGUGAAAAAGAGAAAGAAAAAGAAGCUGCUGAUCUUGUUGACAAGGAAGGCUUAUCAUUUUGUCAUCAUCCCCCAUGCUCUCGGCAUCUUCCAGUCUUUUCUCGUUAGCGUACAUCAGAACACGCUUUGAAAGCAGCAGGAAGCGCAUAUUAAGGUCAACCAGCUCAUAUUGGCUUCCACCUUAUAUUAUUCCAUUCGGUCAUGUUUUUCCUGUUUGUACCAGUUCACAAUCUUUUUUUUUCUACGCCUUGAGAGAAAAUGUAGGCGAGCUUUCCCUCCUACCGGCGCUGCUUGUUUGAACUCACUCCACAAAACUUGAUCAAAAUACGCAACGUAAGUUUUUAUAAGUGAAAUCACAACAUGAUGAAAUAUUUCAAGACAGCUAAAUAUCACAUGUACGUUUGCUCGGCUAUCUUCAGGAUUUUGGUCCUUUGGGUUUCUGGAGCGCUUGAUAAAAGAAUACAGGGUGAAGGAGUUACUCAAGUAAGAUGAAGAUUGGUGUCAGUAGUAAGACGAGAAAGUUACUCAAAGCUGAAAAUUGAGCCGAGACACAGGACAAGUUGAUUUUUUUUCCCAAAGAUUUUAUAUAUAUCAAUAUCCGUAGAAAAGAAAAUCACUUCAAAUCAUGUUGUAUUUGAGUUCUGAGUAUCUGUAGUGUGUUAAACAGCUGUUGUAGCGAAUUAUGUGUCAGUAUGUUGAUGCUUUUCACCAAAAUGUUCAUAUCGAGGCAUUUAUAAGUUAGUGCUCUUAGGUGAUCUUCCCAAAAUCAAUGUAGCCUUAAAGAACACACUAAGCAAAACUUAGUGGCCAUCAUGAAUACUGCUUUAUAAAGGACUGAGAGAUGCAGGCUCUGUGUGCUACGGCAAAAAUGCGUCCACUGUAGCGUCCGACGCGCCACGCUUGAUUCUGUUUCAUGUUUUAUUUCUACUCUGUGUCGUCAGCCAUGCCACUCAUGAUGUAAUUUAUUACUAAAUUAUUAAUAUUACUUCGAUUACAUUUAAGGAUCAGAGCUAUGAGUAAGAGGUGGCUUAAAAGUAAUCUAAGUAAACUUUGGAACAAUGUUAUCACAACACAUGGGAAAAAAUCGUGUUAUAAAGGAUUUGCACCAUCACGUGACCCCCAUAGCAAUGGUGACUACGCCA